CGCGGCAGGCAGGGCCCGGGCGGUGGCGCUGCCGCCGCGGCGGAGGCCUCGAGCUCGCCCAGUCUCCGCUAGGGAGGACCCCAUAGCUAGGAACCGAGCCGAGCCAUGUCCAAGCGGGGCUGAAGUGCAGCGAGUCCCGCGGGCCCCUCCGCGUGCACCAUGGGCACCAGCGCCUAGGCCGCCGGCGGCGAGAGGAGCGGCAGUGGGAGGAGGAGGCCGGGGGAGGGCUGGGUCCCUCCCCGGGAAGAUGAGGCGGAGGCCUGGGGAACAGAGCGGGCUGAGCUGGGGCGCCUUCCUCUCAGCCGCCAGGACAAGAUGGCAGCGUCCGAGGCGCCGGCGGCAGGCGCAGGAGCAGCAGCCGCGAAGAGCUAAGCCCGGCCUGGGAGGCGCCUCCCCGUGACUCUCCCGGACAUGCCCAGGACGGCGGCGGCGGCUCGGACACUCGCGCUGCCCGACCUGUGAAGGUAUGGCCUCACAAGUCUUGGUCUAUCCACCAUAUGUUUAUCAAACCCAGUCAAGUGCCUUUUGUAGUGUGAAGAAACUCAAAGUAGAGCCAAGCAGCUGUGUGUACCACGAAAGAAUCUACCCACGGAUCUAUGUGAAUGGUAAAAACUUUGGAAUUGCUCGUUCUCCCAACAGGGUUAGUACUUACUUUCAGACUAAGAACCCAUUUGACAGACCUCGAGGACAGAACUUUUUGUUGCAGACAAGUGCUGUUGCUUUAAAAAAUACUGUAGGUGCUACAAAUGUGUUAGCAGUGCAGGCGCAACAACUUCAAGUUGAGGCACCUCAGACUGGUACACAGGGAACCAGGUUAGAUUUACUGGAUGGAUCCCAGCGUUGUGGAUUGAAGCGUAAGAGUGAAGAGUUGAAUAAUCAAAGUAGCGCAAUGCAGAUAGUUGAUGAACUGUCUAUAUUACCUGCAAUGUUGCAAGCAAAUAUGGGAAACCCGGUGACGGUUGUGACAACUGCUGCAACUUCAAAACAGAGUGGUACCAGUGGAGAUGGAGAUUAUCAGUUAGUACAGCAUGAGGUGUUGUGCUCUGUGAAAAAUACUUAUGAGGUCCUGGAUUUCCUUGGGCGAGGGACCUUUGGACAAGUAGUAAAAUGUUGGACAAGGGGGACAAAUGAGAUUGUCGCAAUCAAAAUUUUGAAGAAUCAUCCUUCUUAUGCACGUCAAGGACAAAUAGAAGUGAGCAUAUUAGCAAGACUAAGUACUGAAAAUGCGGAUGAGUUUAAUUUUGUGAGAGCUUAUGAAUGCUUUCAGCAUCGUAACCAUACUUGCUUGGUGUUUGAGAUGUUGGAACAGAAUUUAUAUGACUUUCUGAAGCAAAACAAAUUCAGCCCUCUACAGCUAAAAGUAAUACGGCCAAUUCUGCAACAAGUGGCCACUGCACUGAAAAAACUAAAAAGUCUUGGUUUAAUCCAUGCUGACCUCAAACCGGAGAACAUUAUGUUGGUGGAUCCUGUCCGGCAGCCAUACCGGGUUAAAGUAAUAGACUUUGGGUCUGCCAGCCACGUGUCAAAGACUGUUUGUUCAACUUAUUUACAGUCUCGGUAUUACAGAGCACCAGAGAUUAUACUGGGGUUGCCGUUUUGUGAAGCCAUAGACAUGUGGUCGCUGGGGUGUGUGAUUGCAGAGCUGUUCCUUGGGUGGCCGCUGUAUCCAGGAGCCCUGGAAUAUGACCAGAUUCGUUACAUUUCACAGACUCAAGGUUUGCCAGGAGAGCAGUUGUUGAACAUGGGAACGAAAACUGCAAGAUUUUUCUGUAGAGAAACAGAUGCACCAUAUUCUGGUUGGAGGUUAAAGACACUGGAAGAGCAUGAGACAGAGACAGGGAUGAAGUCUAAAGAGGCCAGAAAGUAUAUUUUCAACAGUUUGGAUGAUAUAGUGCAUGUGAACAUGGUGAUGGAUCUGGAAGGAAGUGACCUAUUGGCAGAGAAGGCAGAUAGAAGAGAAUUUGUCAGUCUGUUGAAGAAAAUGUUGCUGAUUGAUGCUGAUUUAAGAAUUACUCCAGCUGAGACACUGAACCAUCCCUUUGUUACCAUGAAGCAUCUCCUAGAUUUUCCACAUAGCAACCAAGUGAAAUCUUGUUUCCAUAUCAUGGAUGUCUGCAAAUACAGAUCAAACUCAUAUGACAUAAGUAAUUGCAAUAAAACGCCACUUAUAAGACCAGUUGCCUCAGGCAGAGCUACUAAUCUGACUGCAAACUUCACCAAAAUUGGUACAGUGAGGAGUCAGGCAUUAACUGCAUCUGCCCAUUCAGUUUUACAUCAUGGAAUACCACUGCAGGCAGGAACUGCUCAGUUUGGUUGCAAUGAUGCUUUUCAGCAGGCACUGAUUAUAUGCCCCCCAACUAUCCAAGUUUUUUCUCCUUACAGCAGUUUAGGAGCUCAUUCACUCAUUUUACCUGUGGGAUUCCAGGGCAGAUGUUGUCUUCUUAAAACUAGAGAUCCUAGCACCAGGCCAAAAGGAAUUCCUACAAACCAUGGUAAGCCUACUGGUUACUCAUUAAGGGUAGAUAAUACCGUUCCAUUGGUGACACAGGCCCCUACUAUACAGCCACUACAGAUACGAGCAGGAGUCCUUUCUCAGCCAUGGUCUAAUCAAACUCAGCAAAUAUUGAUUCCUGCUUGGCAACAAAUAACACCUGUGGCUCCUUCUACUGCAACUCUAGCCUCUGAUCCUGUGGCUGGUCCACAAAGAUUUGGAGACUGGGGGAAAGUGAUUCCUCAUGGCAGCCAUUACAAUUCAGUGAUGCCACAGCCUCUUUUAAAUCAAAUAACUUUGUCUGCCACUCAGCCAAUUAGUGUGGGCAUUGCACAUGUUGUCUGGCCACAACCUGCAGCUACCAAAAGAAAUAAACUGUGCCAGAACAGGAGUAAUGUGUUACAAAAUACCAAUAUCCAAAAUUCAGCAUUUAUAUCUCCAAAGAUAAUUAAUGUGAAGUCUGUCAAGAGAGUAAGUUGUAUAGAAGCACAGGACAAUCAUAACUCAGAAGGACAGGAGAGGAACUGUUGCAAAACAUCUGUCAGGCAGGACCCUGAUUCAUCUAUUUCAAACAAACAGCGCCAGGCUAUCAUCAUUGCAGAUUCUCCAAGUCCAGCAGUCAGUGUGAUCACCAUCAGUAGUGACACGGAUGAAGACGAUACAGGACAAAGGCAUUCACUAAGAGAAUGUAAAGGUAGCCUAGAUUGUGAAGCCUGCCAGAGCACUAUGAAUAUUGAUCGUGUAUGUUCGUUAAGCAGCCCUGACAGCACUUUGAGCACCAGCUCCUCUGGCCAGUCUAGUCCAUCGCCUUGCAAGAGACGCAACAGUAUGUCAGAUGACGAACAAGAGAGUGGCUGUGAUACUGUGGAUGGUUCCCCAGCCUCAGACUCUUCAGGACAUGACAGUCCAUUUGUAGAAAGCAGUUUUGUAGACAACACCAAUCAAAAUACAGAAACCAGAAACUCGGUUAACGCAGAAACCAAACCCGCUGUCUGCGCUGUUGUGGUGCCACCAAUAAGAAUAGAAAACAGAUUAAAUUUAGAUGAGCAGAUGGUGAAUACAGAUAACACAUGCCAGCCGCUGAUAAAAGGCCGAUCUAUCCCUGGAAGAGUAAACCAGCCUCCUGCUGUGGGUAACCGUCAGCAAAAAUUUACAUCAGCAUUCCAUCAGCAACCUAUAAAUUUCAGUCAGGUUCAGCACUUUGGAUCUGGGCCUCAGGAGUGGAAUGGAAACUACAGUCAUCGAAGACAGCAGACAUACAUUCCAGCUGGUGUUGCCAGUCAUCCGUUCUCCCUUCCACAUGGAAGUCCAAAUCACAGUACGGUGCAUGCACAUUUAGCUGGAAGUACACACCUUGGAGGACAGCCUGCUAUUCUUCCGUAUCCAUCAUCUGCACCCCUUAAUACUGCGGCACCUGUAGCCCACCUCCUAGCCUCAUCAUGUACCUCAAGACCUAUAUUGCAGCAUCCAACCUACAAUAUAUCUCAUCCCAGUGGCAUUGUUCACCAAGUCCCAGUGGGCAUAAAUCCCCGUCUUUUACCUUCCCCAACCAUUCAUCAGACUCAGUACAAACCUAUUUUUGCACCACAUUCUUACAUUGCAGCAUCACCUGCUUACACAGGAUUUCCACUAAGUCCAACAAAACUCAGCCAGUAUCCAUUUAUGUGAGAACUCGAGUACAGUAUGUAUAGGAAGCUCAAUGAUAAAUGUUUGAUUUAAGAAGAAACAUGGUAUUUAAUAAAUAUUAGCCAUGGCACAACAAGAGAAUUAUUUUUUGAAUCAUGUAGAUUUGGGUGCAAUUUAAACAACCUUGAGCUUUAAAUAACAAAACAAAACUCACUUUUAAUGUGUUUUGCACAUUUGGUAUAACUUGUAUCUUUGGUCAUAUUAUCUUCUUAUAUAGUAACUCCAGACAGGUGACUUACCGGAGCAGAAUUCCAGUUUUGCUCCUUCUAUUUUUUAUAAAAUUGCCUUCUAACUAGUGCAAGACACGUCUACAUUUGGGAAGCCAUUCAGUGUACAGAUUUAGAGCAACAGAUGCACAUAUGGCAGCAGUACAGUGUACAAGUAAAAUGUUUGUAUUGUGUAUCUUGGUGUUUAAAUGUUGAGUCACUUAUCUAAAAAGUUGAGCUGUUCUUCACAUUGCAUGUGUCUUUUGCAUGGGCAAAGAAGAGUUGCCUAGACAUUGCUCUUAAAUGUUGUUGUCCUAAUACUCUCAUCUGCAUUGUAAACUGUUCCCACACAUAGUGCCUUAAAUAUUUGAGGUUGUUAAUGUUAUUACUUAUAUAUACAUGUUGAAGACUGCAGCACUUAAAAUUCAGAUAUUCUGAUUUUUUGAUAGAGUAAUGCUCAUUUGGGGUUUUGUGUGGUAUGAUUUUAGUAUUGGGUGUUUUUCGUUGUCAAGGAGGCAGCAUGUUUUGCUGUAGCUGAAUUCUGCUGUCUGAUUUUUUCAGAAUGAUCUAGCUUCAAGAGAAGAAUUUAGUAGUGCUUAAGAAAAGUCAAUUCAGUAGCUUGUAGUGAUAAACACAAAACAGUAUUUUAUACUGUUAAAUGGAACUGCAAUACAAUCUAAGUAGUAUAUUUUCAAAGUGUUUGUCUAAUUGGAUUUAAUAUGUUUAGAGGUGCAGUAGGCAUGACUUUGACUAGAUUAUGAAAGAAAAAGCAAAAUGCUCAUUGAUUCAUGAUGUGAUUUCAUCUUAGCUUGAGCAAACCAUGCAGUAUUUAAUAAGUAGUAGCAGAAUAUUUACUAUUGAAGCUUGAAAAGAUGUGAGUUCUUUGUGUGCAAUUUUCAUUUAUGCAUGGGAGAGAUUUUAGCCUUUUUCAUUAUAGUAUUUGUUUUAGCUUGUUGGGGUGUUUGCUUAUUUAAUACAUUCCGUCAGGGACGUAAAUUACAUGCUUUUUGCAGUUUCUUUCCUAGAAAGUUUUGUCUUUUUUGUUUUUUGUUUUUGUUCAAAUGAAGUUGCUUUUGCAGCACCAAAGACUUAAUCAUCCAUUUUCUAUAAAAGGUAGCUACUUUUUUCAUAGACCUCAAGUAUACUGUAGUGUAGAGAUGGGAUUUAAAGAAGGUAUUAAACAGGCUGUGUGUUAGCUUAUGGGUAAGUAAUAAAUUGUAUCAUUAUCUUGAAUGUAUCAUAGAUAAGCUGCUAUAUCAUGAUUGCCACUUCAGAUAGCUGUGAAAUUAGUUGAUUAACUAGUUCUUUCUUAGCCUUCUAAUUUCUGUAUAAGUCUAAUUACAUGAAAUAGAAGUGGGGGUUUUGAUUUUUAUUUUGCUUUUACGUUUGGAGUGUCGUAACUACUAUAUUGUAAAUGAUGGAAGUUUAAUUGAAUAUGUUAUUUUGGGGUGUUAUUUGCAUCAGUAUUUUAUCUCCAUUAACUUUGGGCUCAUCACUGCAUAUAAGUGGAUGGAUGGAUGUAACUUAAUUUUUUAUGUUUUCAUAUUGCAUUAUGUAGACACUUAAGAAGCUGUAACUUGCAGGCUUGACUUAACUUUUUUUUAAACAAAAAAUAUUCUGGAAUACAAUAUUUGCAGCAUUGACUGGAAUAAGAGUGCAAAGUAUUUGUUUAACUCUGUCAAUAAGCUAAUAACUGGUAGAUUUUUUCUUUACUCCAUUAAUACAAGCAGUGUUUUAUUUAAUGAAUGUCCAAAUGAAAUAACUGUGCCUAUAUUUGAUGUUGUUUUUUAAAAAAUAACAAAAACUGAAAUACAACAGUGUUAUAUCAUAAACCAAUACCAGCAGUACAUUUUUAAUCACACUGCAAAAGAAACCUAACUUUUCCCACAAGAUUCAGUGUUUUUAGUAACCAACUCUAUGCCUUUUUUACAAAUAUAAAUGUAUAUGUAAAGUAUACAUUAGAAACUAAGAGUAGCCUGAUUAAUUUGAAAUCUUAUCAGCACAUAUAUAAAGCCUAAAUAUAUGGAGUCAAGAAAAUAUUCAAGUAAAUUCGUCAUACACCUUAACACUUCAAACUUGUACUAUCUGUUCUAGCAGAUUCCUAUCCUCAGUUAACACCUUGGUGUUGGGAAUUGAGUUCUCUUGGUGUUACCUCCAUUGCAGGCAGUGGACACACCAAGAACCACCAGCACAAAAGGAUUCAUUUACUUUUGUAUUAUGAUAAAAAAAAUUACAGUGUUCUUUAUUUGGGGCCAUGGGAAUCUCCAUUGCUUUAAUAUAUUUACUGUACUUUUUACUGUACUUAGGAUGUAAAGCUAAUAUGCUUGUUAAAUUGACACGUUUACCUGUAUGGCACAAUAUUAUCCUAUAAAUUCACAAGAAAAAUGUACUGUAAAUGUGCCCCAAAUUAAGCCUGCUGCUCUUUAUAUAUUGUAAGAAUAGAAAUGUGUUUGAAUUUCAAAGAACUAAAUAUUUGGGAUUCUGCCACAACCUAAAUUCUGAAUAAUGAAAUGUUUGUGUGGUACCGAUCCUGCAAUAAGCUUUUGCACCCAUGUGGAGUCCAGUUGACUUCAGUGGGAUUUUGUGCAGGUGUCCAAGGUCCAUCUGUAUAGAACUGCUUUCAGGAUUGGUGCCUAAAUCUGUGGAAACAGUCAUCCCUCAUCAGUGAAGCAUAUACACAUCAGAUUGUUUUAAUGCCUUUUUUAAAUAAAACACUGCAUGACUACAGAAUUGCAUAUUUGCAUACUAUUUUAAUUUGUGAAUUAUUUUAUAUGAAUUUCUUGUAUUCAGUUUUUAACUUUAAUUCAGAGUGUUUUUAUUAAUCAGAUAUGCUACUGUAUUAACUAAUUCUUUUGGUUUAAAUUUUUAAAUUUUCUGCAUUUCUAAUUUUAACUUGGUUUGUGUUAAGUAAAAGUUAAAUCACACUGCAAGCUGUAGGAAGAUUGUUUUAGAAAUACCCAAGGAUGUAGACUUGAUUAUUAAGUUUGAAUUGUUACUGUUUAACAAUUUGUAGACUUGUGGCUUUUUUUUGUUUGUUUGUUUGUUUUUUUGCUUUUGGUUUCUAUGCUACACUAGUUCGCCAUGUAGCAAUUGCACUGUGCAAUAUUACAAUACGAGGACUGGGAAAAAUUUUUAUGGAUGUAAUGUCUCUUACAGUUUGCGAUAGUAUUUCUCUCUAGUUCUCAGUGAUUUAAAUGUGACCAAGCCUUCUGUACUUUGUCACAAAAAGCGGGUUUUCCAGGUGACUAUUUUGGUGAGUGUCAAAAUAAGAAUUUAUGGUGUAUUACUGUUGAGAUUCACUUUGGAUUAAAAUAUAUAUUGCAGCAAAUAAA